UCAUAUUUUAGGAGAGGGGGUAGUGACGUCACGUCACAUUCCUGAUUGUGAUUAAGGUUGUCGUAUAAAAGGGGUCUCCAACUUUCAGAACCAUCAGAUUUCGAACUUACAAGAUUUCUUAAACAUCCUUCAGUAGCACAACAUGAAGAUCUUAGUGAUAUUAGCUGCGAUCUCAUGUUGCCGAGCAGCUGUUCUCAUUGCUGCAAGAAAUCCUGAUGACGUUGGAGCAGCAGUAACAUUUAAUAAUCAAGAUGGUCUUGGCCAAUAUGAAUUUGGUUAUAGUGAAGGUCACCCAUCAGGGGCUUCCUUCAGACGAGAAUCAGGAGACGCCUAUGGUAAUAAAGUGGGAUCUUUCGGUCUAAGAGACGCAGAUGGAAGGUUAAGAGUAGUGCGAUACAUUGCAGAUGCAAAUGGAUUUCGAGCUGAUGUCACAUCAAACGAACCAGGAGUUGCACCAGCUGAUCCUGCAUCAGCAACAAUCAACAAACCUGCUAUAGUUCCAGCUCCUGUUGUUCCAGUUGCACCAGUAGUAGCAGCACCAGCACCCUUUGUACCUGCUCCACCGCCAGUAAUUGCAGCUCCCCCUCCGCCACCACCACCUCCAUAUUAUGCAGCACCAGUCGUAGCUGCUCCACCUCCACCACCUCCUCCACCAGCAGUAUAUGGACCACCAGCUUUCCGACCAUUACCACCACCACCUCCUCCUCCACAGUACAACUUUGUAGUGCCAGAUCCUGCUCCAGUUGCUUAUCCACCUCCACCUCCGGCAGUAAGCUAUUACAAUUUCCCUCCUCCACCUCCACCACCUCCAAAGCCUGUUGCAGCAGCACCAGUAUUCUCUCUUCCACCACCGCCAGCACCAGUUUUUGCACCUCCAGCACCUAUUGCCAAAGGAUUCCCACCUGUCGCUCCAGCACCUCUUCCACCUCCUCCACCUCCAGCAUACUACAACAACCUCGUGCAAGGCAAAGGGUACGUUGGGGAUAUUAGAGGUUAUCCUAGUUUUGCCCCUAAUUAUCCAAUGCCACCACAAUUCGGUUAUUUGGGUGGAAAGCCUUCACUAGGUUACGGUUUAUAACACUAAUUAAAUAUUAGAACAAUAUUACUUAAUUGAAGCUUAACAAGAAUUAUAAAUAUGUCAUAUCGCAUUAUAUUUGGUAAUAUGGUAUCUUGGAAAUGAAUGCAAACUUCAUAAUUUACUUUUGAUUCGAUCAAAGGCAGGAGAACGGUAUUUUUAUUUCAUAAUUAUUCGUCUGGUUAAUAAUCAUUUUCACUUUUUUUUUAAAAAUUCAUAGAUAUAUAAAAUUUUCAGUAAUUGGAGUGCAUCUUCAUUACCUAAAUCGCUGCCUAUUUUUGUUCAUAAAAGAAUUGACGAUUAAUCAAUAACAAAAUCAAUCAUCGAAAUAUUUUAAUUAAUAAUAAACGAAAAAUAACUAUAAUUUAAAUUUCUUUAUGUUUGUUAUUAACAAAGAAUCCUAUUGUUUUAAACAGAAAUUAUCACAAAAAAAUAAGUUUUACAGAUACACAAAGUGUUUAACUACCAAUGCUUAUAAUUACCGUAGUGAUGUUUUUUUUAAAAAAAAUAUCAUUAUGUUUUAGGUAUCUAAUUAUAAAUAACCUGGAAAGUUUUAAAAGAAAAAAAAUUACUAGUCACCGAUAAAGAAUUUUGAAAUGACAUUAUUCUAUCUCUAACAAUGCAGGGAAAUAUAAUUUACCAGAAAAAUAAAUAUUAAUCACUUUAAUAAAAAUACAGCUUUUAGUUUUUUUUUGAAAAUAAUUUAUACUACUUUACAGGGUGUUCGGGCCUUCUUAAGAGGAAAUAAAACACUCUCAUCUAAGGACUAGAAGAUAACUAUCACCGCCUGAUUUAUGGCCAUUGUUAGUACCUCUAUGCAGUCAACUGACUGAAAACUAUUCAAAGAAGUGUUUCUAAACAUUCGACAUUUUAAGAAUAAAAAAUACGGACGCUUUGAGUUUUUAUAUCAAUAUAUUUACAACCAUCGGAGCACAUUUUACGAUUAUUCCAAGUGAACAUAUUAUUUAUUUGCCAUGCUAGUGACACAAGUUUUUUCUUGUUGGCUUAUUGUGAUAGCUGAAAAGUAUGUAUUGUAUUAUGUUUUUUUGUACAUUUUUAUUUAUAUAAUGUAUAUUUCAAAUAAAUAAAGAUUUUUUACAUCUUGUUA